GGAGGUGGAGGAGCGAGAGGAGGAGGAGGAGGCGGCGGCGGCGGUGGCGGCGGCGAGCAGUUGAUCAUUGUGAUGGUGGCAGGAGCAGCGGCGGCAGCGGCAGCCCGGCCGAGCGUUAGGGGCUGCUCUCCGCGCGGCGUUUUGCAAAGGACUUCACCGAUCUACUUUUGCAGUCGCCUCGGACUGUCCAUGUGUUUACUUCCCCCAGCCCGAGGAUUCGCUAUCUAGGAUCCUGUGAAAUGCAACUGAGCAGCCAAAGUACUUUGAGAACACGGGGCGGCAUAAACACCAAAACUUUUUUGUGGAAGGAAAAUGCAAUAAGCAAGCUUGCCGUUUUCCGAUGCGGUGUGGAGUGAGUGUGUGUCGCGCGUGUCCGCACUGGAGGCAUAUGCUUGUGUGUGUACAUGGGGUGUGUUUUUCGGUACGUAGGGAGAAAAUGCUUGCCAACCACCGGAAAUCUCCUGGAAUUUAUUAGAAAAUAAUGGAUUAUAAAAAGAAGGCAGGAGAGGAGCGGAUCUCCCCUUGAGUUGCAACCCGAUUUGCUGCUGGCUCAGUUUUGUUGUGAUUCUUUUUGUUGAUAGGUGUCUGAUGGCAUUCUGAUCCCCCCUUUUUUUCUCCUUGAGCUUUACAGUUUUUACAAAAAAGGGAAACAAAAAACCACCCCAAAAUCUCUCCCCCCCCUUUUUUUUUCUUUGCCCCGUCGGGAUUGCUGUUUCCAUCCAUGUGCUUGCGUCUCCCCCGCGUUCCACUUAAACUAUUUUAAUCCUUGGACCCAAGGAGGAGGCUGAUAGGGGGGGUGGAUAAAAAAAGUUCUUCCAAAAUAGUGUGCCCGGGGAGCAGGAUGGGGGAUUUCGCAGCCCCCGCUGCUGCCGCGAAUGGCAGUAGUAUUUGCAUCAACAGUAGCCUGAACAGCAGCCUCGCCGGGGCCGGGAUCGGUGUGAAUAAUACUCCCAAUAGUACUCCAGCUGCUCCGAGUAGCAAUCACCCCGCUGCCGGCUGUGGCGGCGGCGGCGGCGGCUCCGGGGGCCACGGCGGCGGCUCGGCGGCCGUUCCCAAGCACAGCACCGUGGUGGAGCGGCUCCGCCAGCGCAUCGAAGGCUGCCGGAGGCACCACGUCAACUGCGAGAACAGGUACCAGCAGGCUCAGGUGGAGCAGCUGGAGCUGGAGCGUCGGGACACGGUGAGCCUCUACCAGCGCACUCUGGAGCAGAGGGCCAAGAAAUCGGGCGCCGGCAAGCAGCAGCACCAGAGCAAACCCCAGCAAGAUGCGGAGGCUGCCUCGGCUGAGCAGAGGAAUCACACGCUGAUCAUGCUCCAAGAGACUGUGAAAAGGAAGUUGGAAGGAGCCCGAUCACCACUUAAUGGAGACCAGCAGAAUGGUGCUUGCGAUGGGAGUUUUUCUCCAACCAGCAAGCGAAUACGAAAGGACAUUCCCCCAGGGAUGGAAGCCAUCAACAGUUUGCCCAACAACAUGCCACUGCCUUCAGCUUCUCCUCUGCACCAACUUGACCUGAAGCCUUCUUUGCCCUUGCAAAACAGCGGGACUCACACUCCUGGACUCCUAGAAGACCUAAGUAAGAAUGGUAGACUCCCAGAGAUUAAACUUCAGCCUGUUAAUGGUUGUAGUGACCUGGAAGAUAGCUUCACCAUCUUGCAGAACAAGGACCUCAAACAAGAACCUCUAGACGACCCUACUUGCAUAGACACAUCAGAAACAUCUCUUUCAAAUCAGAACAAGCUGUUCUCAGAUAUUAACCUGAAUGACCAGGAGUGGCAAGAAUUAAUUGAUGAGCUGGCCAACACGGUUCCUGAAGAUGACAUACAGGACCUGUUCAAUGAAGACUUUGAAGAGAAGAAGGAGCCCGAAUUCUCGCAGCCAGCGACGGAGACCCCUCUCUCCCAGGAAAGUGUGAGUGUGAAGAGCGACCCCUCUCACUCUCCUUUUACACAUAUCUCCAUGGGAUCUCCCCAGACAAGGCCUUCUUCUUCUGGUCCUCCCUUUUCCAACGUCUCCACAGCCACCAGUUUACCUUCUGUUGCCAACACUCCUGCAGCUCCGAACCCCGCCAGCUCUCCAGCAAACUGUGCGGUCCAGUCCCCGCCAACUCCAAACCCAGCCCACACCCCGGGCCAAGCUCCACCUCGGCCUGGCAAUGGUUAUCUCCUCAAUCCGGCAGCAGUGUCGGUAACUGGCUCGGGGUCAGGGCCAGGGGCUGUGCCCAGCUCCGACAUGUCUCCAGCGGAGCAGCUCAAACAGAUGGCAGCGCAGCAACAGCAGAGGGCCAAGCUCAUGCAGCAGCAGCAGCAGCAGCACCCAAACCAGACUUCCAGCUGGUCCCCGUUAGGGCCUCCAUCCAGUCCAUACGGCGCAGCUUUCACUGCAGAAAAACCAAAUAGCCCCAUGAUGUACCCCCAAGCCUUUAACAACCAAAACCCCAUAGUGCCUCCCAUGGCAAACAACCUGCAGAAGACGACAAUGAAUAACUACCUCCCGCAGAAUCACAUGAACAUGAUCAAUCAGCAGCCAAAUAACUUGGGUACCAACUCCUUAAACAAACAGCACAACCUUCUCUCUUACGGCAACACUAAGCCUCUGACCCAUUUCAAUGCGGACUUGAGUCAGAGAAUGACGCCGCCCAUGGCCAAUCCCAACAAAAGCCCCCUGAUGCCCUACAUCCAGCAGCAGCCGCCACAGCAGCAGCAGCAGCCGCAGCUCCAGGCUCCCAGGGCGCACCUGAGUGAGGACCAGAAACGCAUGCUUCUCAUGAAGCAGAAAGGAGUGAUGAACCAGCCCCUGGCGUACGCUGCACUGCCAUCCCACGGUCAGGAGCAGCACCCAGUUGGGCUUCCCCGGACCACAGGCCCCAUGCAGUCCUCCGUGCCCCCGGGCUCAGGUGGCAUGGUCUCCAGCGCCAGCCCCUCGGGUCCGGGCUUCCUGGGCAGCCAGCCCCAGGCGGCCAUCAUGAAGCAGAUGCUCAUUGAUCAGCGGGCCCAGUUGAUGGAGCAGCAGAAGCAACAGUUCCUGCGGGAGCAAAGGCAGCAGCAGCAGCAGCAGCAGCAGAUUCUCGCCGAGCAGCAGCUGCAGCAGUCACAUGUACCCCGGCAGCACCUCCAGCCCCAGCGGAAUCCAUACCCCGUGCAGCAGGUCAAUCAGUUUCAAGGCUCUCCGCAGGACAUGGCGGCCGUGAGAAGCCAAGCGGCCCUCCAGAGCAUGCGGACGUCGAGGUUGAUGGCACAGAACGCAGGCAUGAUGGGUAUGGGGCCCUCCCAGAACCCAGGGACAAUGGCCACGGCCGCUGCCCAGUCUGAGAUGGGACUGUCCCCUUACAACACCACGCCUACCAGCCAACCAGGAAUGUACAACAUGAGCCCAGGAAUGACCCAGAUGUUGCAGCACCCGAACCAAAGCGGCAUGAGCAUCGCACACAACCAAGCCCAGGGGCCGCCGAGGCAGCCCGCCUCCGGGCAGGGGGUGGGGAUGGUGAGUGGGUUUGGUCAGAGCAUGCUGGUGAACUCCGCCAUGAGCCAGCAGCACCAGCAGAUGAAAGGGCCCGUGGGCCAGGCCCUGCCCAGGCCCCAAGGCCCGCCAAGGCUGCAGAGCAUUAUGGGAACGGUCCAGCAGGGCGCCCAGGGCUGGCAGCAGAGGAGUUUACAGGGGAUGCCCGGGAGGACUAGUGGAGAAUUAGGGUCAUUCAGCAACGGGGCCGGCUACUCACUUCAAGCCGGCCAGCCGAGGCUGACCAAGCAACACUUCCCACAGGGACUGAGCCAGGUCGUGGACGCUAACACGGGUGCCAUGAGAACCCUCAACCCGGCUGCCAUGGGUCGGCAAAUGAUGCCACCGCUCCCGGGGCAGCAAGGGACCAGCCAGGCCAGGCCGAUGGUCAUGUCCGGCCUGAGCCAGGGCGUCCCCGGCCUGCCAGUGUUCAGCCAGCCCCCAGCCCAGCAGAUGCCCAGUGGCAGCUUUGCUCCCAGCGGCCAGAGCCAAGCCUACGAGCGGACUGCCCCUCAGGACAUGUCCUACAGUUACAGCGGGGAAGCAGCCGGGGCCUCCUUCCCGGGCCUCUCGGACAGCGCCGACCUGGUGGACUCCAUCAUCAAAGGUGGGCCGGGGGACGAGUGGAUGCAGGAGCUCGAUGAGUUGUUUGGAAACCCUUAGUCAGGAGGGGGCCCGACGGGCCAAAGAAACGGGAUGUGGGCCGAUCCUUGUUUUUUGUUUUCUGACCCACGUACACUGAGCGAAACUGCGGCUGGCGGAGAGUGGGAGACCCAGGCGCCCGUCCACCCCGCGCGGCCUCCUCUCACCUGAUGUUCACAGCAGUCACCACGAGACCAGGCAGGGCCCUGCUGCCAGAGAGGGAGCCGCUCCAGAGGCAGGCGGGGAAGGCGACCCUGAGCCCCGCGCCGCACUCCCUGCUCCGGCCCAGACGGACUGCUGCCCACGGCCAGGGCCAGGCAGCCGUCAGCCCUCCUGGCCCGGGUGCGGAGCCUGCAGCUUUGGAGACACGAGAGACAGAGCCUCGGGCAGGAGGAGCCCCGCAGAGGCUGCUGGGUGGUUGCACAGGCCGAGAGCACAGGUCAGACAGGUGCUGAGCUCUGGCUGGAAAGAGACCUCAGGCUUCAAGACCUGCGCCUGCAUGUGGAGAGCAGACACCAAGAACACUGGGCCGGGCAGGGAGAGCGCAGAGGCUCCCGCGGGCCUGUCUCCCGCCCGUGAGGACCCCCAGGAAGGCCAGCGGCAUUGCCCUCGGCUGCCUCACCAGGACAGCCAGUGAGCUGGGAGGAGGGUCGGGCCCGUGGUCCUGGGGGCAGCCCGCCGCUGGGGACCGGGUGGCCAUCACUCCCGGUAGUUGGGCUGGAGCCUCCUGGGAGCCCGGAAUGACGGUGACACAUCCAGGCGGUUCCCAUCUAUUACCGGCGCCGCAGGGCGGGGAACCCUGAGGACGCUGUGUCCUGCCCCAUGACCGCCUCCCUCCCCCACCCCACCUUCGUCCCUCCCGGGUCCACCCCGGCGUCCUUCCAAGAAGUGAUGAAGUUUUUGUCUGUAGGGAGGUUGGGCAGAGUCCAAAUAAAUGCAAGAGCUCAGGCGAUGUCUGAAACGCCAAGGCGACCCCGGAGUGUUCUUUCUCUGCCGCGUGUGGAGCUGAGGGGAUAGUCUGCCCGGGACUGAGCAGGCUUCGGGGUGG